GAGUUUGGAUUGUUUUUGGAACUGAUUGAGGCUGAGCCACUGAAUGAGAAAGAUCUGGGUUCAAUUGCCUACUUUCGCGCGAAAAUUCGUGAAAAAUUUGAACAAACUAUAUUUCAAAAUGUCGAUCUGCUUCGAUUGGCCCAAACCAUUCCGAUGGAGGAAGUGUGGACUAAAUGCACUUUUGAACGCAUUGAACCAGAUGAUCUGAAAGAAAUAAGCUCUGGCCGAUUGGAGUCAGGGAAGUUGGGUGGUGGUGGUGGUGGUGAGUUAAAAAAAAAGAAACGACCUGCCGCAGUCAGUCGGUGA